GCACCCAAAUACUACACAAUAAAGGUACCGGAGUACUACACAACGACUUACGCUGCAUCGAGCUAUUACAAUGAAGCUGCUUUGUCUUACUACAGUGAGUCAACGUACUACACUGAGGCCCCGCAGUAUUAUUCUGUUCCGUCUUAUUACACGGAACCCAGCGACUACACAACAAGUUAUGCCACCCAAGCAGCUUCUUAUCCAGGAGCUUCGAAAUACUACUCGGCUCCAAGCUACUACGCCUAUGCUCCACAAUACUACACUACCGCUUCUUAUUAUACCACUAAGGUUCCGGAGUACUACGCUAUGGAAAAGGCUGAGUACUACACCACCACAUAUGAUGCACCAGCUUACUACACUGAAGCUCCUAAAUAUUCGGCUCCAAGUUAUUAUCAGAACGAAGCUCCGCAGUACUACACGACUAAGGCGCCCGAAUACUAUGCUCCCGCUUAUGCUAACCAAAGUUACUACACCACAAAGGCCCCUGGCUACUACAUUGAGCCUCCUAAAUAUCAUCCACUUUUAAAUGUAAAGUUCUACCGGUAGACGUUAUUGAUCAUCACAAUUUCGUUUCAGCUUUAUUUAUAUUCUUGACUUGUAUCACUUCCGAUUUGUAUCUGGUACUAGGUCAGUUGUCUAAUAAAUGUUGCCGUU